UUAUAUUAUAACGUUAAAUAAUAAAUAAAAUUAUGUUUUAAUAAAAGACUUUAAAAAUGUAAUUUGGAGCAAGGUCGAAGUUUAAGCGAUUUUCUCAACACUGUUCCUUCACUCGUCCUUCCGAUAUUUUGACGCCUCCGCCAUUAAAAUGCUUUUCAACCUUCUCCGCAGUAUGCUCUCAGCUUCCCACUACACCAACAACACAAAAGAGAACCACACUCCAACUUCUUUUAAUGAAACCCACUUUAGCUCAAACAAGCAAGACCAUGUACGAAUGCCCCGUCAAACCCUCCGAGUCUGAUCCUUUCCUUCUCUUUCUUGUUCGUCAGUUACAGGACCUGAAGAGAUACGUCCUAGCUCUUAUCCUUUGCUUGCCCACUUCCCUUUUCGCUCUUAUUCUCCUUCUCCUCUUAAUAUACAAUGGCUUCUCUGUCUUCGACCUUCACCUCCCUUUUCCGGCCAAGUCCCCGGCCGUUCCCGCCAAUUUCUCCCCGGGGAAUUCCGCCGGAGAGUCGAUGAAAAAAGGGUCCUCUUUUUCGUCUUCUUCUUCUUCGUCCUAUUCUUCAAAGCUGGCUGCUUCAGUGAUGUAUGCAAGGAAAGAAGAAAAGCCAUCUGUGAUUUUGAAGACCCAGUCGCCCCUUUUGCGCAAAUCACGCUUUUCAAUCCUACCCAUAACCAAUUCUUCGAUUUCCAGGCCGAGACGAGCCCGAAAGCACAAGCGCAAGCGCAAGCUCGAGAGUGUGCCCUCCGAAGUUCGGCCCAUUCCUUUUUCAGCAAGAAUCGAGAAUUUCUUCGCUGGAAAUUCUACUGCCUCUUGUAAGUUUCGGUUCUUUAUGACCAGGAUUUCGAUGAAGUCAUUUGGUGAUAGAGAAGUGUUGGCUAUGGAAAGCUUGUUUAAGUCUCACCCAAAUGCUUGCCUGGUCAUUGUCUCAAAUUCAAUGAAAUCAAGCAGGGGAAGUCGAGUUCUGAAACCUUUCUUAGAUGAGGGGUUCAGAGUAAUGGCUAUUAAUCCGGAUUAUGAUUAUAUAUUCAAGAAUACUCAUGCGGAAGCGUGGUUUGAUAGGCUAAGGAAAGGGAUUGUGGAUCCUGGGGUGGUUUCUUUGGGUCAAAAUCUCUCUAAUUUGCUUAGGCUCGCUUUACUUUAUAAGUUUGGAGGUAUUUAUGUUGACACAGAUGUUAUAGUGCUGAGGAGUUUCUCACAGUUGAGAAAUGUGAUAGGUGCUCAAACUAUUGAUGAUGAAACUGGGAAUUGGAGCCGAUUGAACAAUGCUGUGUUGAUAUUCGACAAGAAUCAUCCUCUGCUUUACAAGUUCAUUGAAGAAUUUGCACUAACUUUCGAUGGGAACAAGUGGGGGCAUAAUGGCCCUUACCUAGUCUCAAGAGUUGUUUCCAGGCUGAGUGGAAGGCCUGGAUUUAAUUUCACUGUGUUGCUGCCAUCGGCAUUUUAUCCUGUUGAUUGGAGUCGGAUUCGAAGUCUGUUUCGAGGGCCUAGAGACGAGCUGCAUUCAAAAUGGUUGCUUAAAAAGUUGAGGCAGAUCCAGUCCAGAAGUUUGGUCGUUCACUUGUGGAAUAGGCAGAGUAGGAAGCUAGAGGUUGAAAAGGGAAGCAUCAUCAGUCAUAUAGUCUCCGAUUGUUGUAUCUUCUGCAAUUCUGCGCUUUACAGCUUGUAAUUACUGAAUAAGUACGACAAUGGCAAAUUGUCUUCUGCAAUCGUUCGUUGUUGUUGAAUGUGGUUAUGCCUUAUGAACAACUUGGUUCAUUCCACCAUUACAGUCCAGAAAGAAAGAAUGUUAGGAAUUGCUAACCGCUUUUUCUUUCUUUAAAAUCAACGGGUACUCAUAGUUCAGAAAUUAUGUCUGUGGCAUUAAAAUUGUUGCUCCUGUAUCUUUAUAUGAGAUCUAGAAUGCAAAAGAACAUAGUUUUAAGCUUCCAUAUUUUUGUUACCGUUCAUGAUGAUACAUAAGAUGGCAAGUCUCAAAUAGAAUUUGAUUGUUCAAGAACUAAAGAAAGAAACUCAUCACCAUCUUGAAGGACAUUUGAGAUAUA